UAUCAUUUGGCGCGUUUACGUUCGGCAACCGUUUUAUUCGUGAUUUGUCGUUUGCAAGCUUUGGUAGCGUUGUAUUAACAUUGUUAAACAAUGGCAGGCGGUAAAGCUGGUAAAGAUAGCGGAAAAGCCAAAGCCAAGGCGGUAUCUCGGUCGGCGCGUGCUGGAUUACAGUUUCCUGUUGGAAGAAUCCAUAGACACUUGAAAAAUCGGACAACGAGUCACGGCAGAGUUGGGGCAACUGCAGCAGUUUAUUCAGCAGCUAUUUUAGAAUACUUAACAGCUGAAGUGCUAGAAUUAGCUGGUAACGCAAGUAAGGAUUUAAAAGUAAAAAGAAUAACACCACGUCAUUUACAACUUGCAAUAAGAGGAGAUGAAGAGCUCGACAGCUUAAUUAAAGCCACAAUUGCCGGUGGAGGAGUAAUUCCACAUAUUCACAAAUCCUUGAUUGGAAAGAAGGGAGCACAUUCACAGCCAGCUUAAAGCUAACUUAACACCUAGUUACAUUUUAUACAAAGACUUGUACCAUGUGUCGAUAAUGUGUUUUAAUAUUGUUCGGCACAUACUCACUGUAUGCAAGGCAGUGCAGUAUGUUAAAUAUUAAAAGAAUUAUUUGUCGUUUUAAAAUUGACUCAACUUUACUACUGUGGGUAUCGCAGACGUUUAUUUGUCUUUGAAAUUGUACUGAUAAUUUGUUUGAACGUGCCUUGUCCUUUAAUAUUUUUCUCAGUUGUAAUUAGGUAUAGAUCUAAUGUGUAUUUUAGCAUGUAGUUGUUCAUUUUUACAUUUACAUAAAUGUAAUUUGUGUUCAUUUCAUAUAAAUAAAUAAUUUUCUUAUAUUUCA